GGCCCGGUUGCCCACCACCUCGCUCUCUUCUUGCCGUCUUGCCUUGAAGGUACAUCGUAUAAAAGCACGGGAAUCUUCAUCGUAGUCAUCAGUCGUAAACACGACGAAUCGUGUCCGAAACUCGUGCAGCAUCAUGAACUCCAAGUUAGUGAUUCUCUGCGUCCUGGUGGCGCUCGUCUUCGCCGAAGAAACGAAGAAGGCGGAACCCACGAAGAAGGAUAAACGAGGCCUGUAUGGAGCCCUGGGCUACGGUUACGGUCUCGAUGGACUCAGCUACGGUGGGCUCAACUCGUACUCGUCACUUCCGCUCAGCUUGAGCGCCAGCAUCCCGUCCACCAUCCUGACGAAGGAGGUCGCCGUACCUGUGCCCCAACCGGUCGCUGUACCCGUCGAGAAGCACGUUCCAGUGCCUGUUAAGGUGCCCUACGCAGUACCUGUUGACCGACCAUACCCUGUCCAUGUGCCCAAACCAUACCCAGUCGAGGUCACCAAGCACGUCCCCGUCCCGGUAGAUCGCCCCGUGCCCGUUCCCUAUAGCGUUCCCGUGAAGGUGCCGGUACCUGCUCCGUACGCCGUCAAGGUGCCGCAGCCAUACGCCGUUCCCGUCGUCAAACACGUGCCAGUCCCGGUCGCUACGCAGCCACUUCUCUACGCGAAACUGAACACUGGUCUGGGAUACUACGGUGGUUAUUCUUCCUCCUGGUAAAACGGCGAUCUUUUCGUGAAGCUUCCCCCGAGCGACGCUCUUCGUCCAUGUCGUUUAAAGGCCCGAAAAGUUGCGGAUUCUUCAGUAAACUGUGAAGUUCAAUAACGUCUUCCUCGAUGGAAAAGUAUCUUCAAAGAGAGAGAUAAGGAUAUAUUAAUGUACGUUAAUGCAUAUCUUUCUUCGUCGAGAAAAACGACACGGCACAGUGCAGCUAAAAAGUGAAUACAUACCUCUCAUUUCGAAAAUUAACAGACCAUUUCGCGGAUUUUAUGGGAUUCUUUUGGGCAUUUUUUGUGAUAAGUAAAGAGAUGGCCGAGUGUGUUACAGAGAGAAAGAGAGAAGAGCGUCCUCCGAUUUCCAACAGAAAAACGGAAAGACAUUUUCGCGAGCGAACGCGAUCGAGUGGGAUUUCAAUCAUCAGUGCGACUAUAUACUUAGGUAUACGUUUCUAUCUGUAAUUUCAUUAUGCUGGAAUAAAUUUUUU